AUAAUCUAAAUUUUCAAUUUAUUUUCUUCUAGUACUAGAACCCAUUAAAAACAAAAAAAAAUGGAGAAAACAAUUUUAAAAAAAUCAGACAAAACUGCCAAUCAUCUUUCCUCCUCAGUAGGAAACAUCCAUCAUUGUACCCAACAAUCCCUUUCACCAUUAGAAUCAAAAACCUCAACUUCCUUCUUCUUCUUUUCACUCUUCUUUCAUCUAUACACAUACACAUUUUACACUCAAUACACAAAUACAUAUUUUUUCACAAAAACAAAAAGAUACAUAAAUACAUACGAACUAGUAUACUAUACAUACAUACACACACCUUGGAAUCUCUAUAUAACCUUUUUAUUCUCUUCUUUCCUUUUUCCCUCUCCCCCAAUUUCCUCACUUCUCUCUCUCUUAAUAAUCUUUGAUUCUUUUCAUUGAUCAUCGACCAACCAAAAAAAAAAAAAAAAUCAGAUCUUUGAAAGCUUUUCUUUUUGAACUCAAAAAAUGGAUCCGUCCUCUGCAAACUCAGUGAACGGAUUCUACUCAUUUCUAAACAGAUCAAUGGAAGAUCUCGAAAGAGUUUAUCUUUCAAACAAUUUCAUGUCCGUACACUUUUUACAGAGAGCUCUCUGUCUUCUUCGUACCUCUCACUCUCAUCUCACUCUCUUAGUUCAAAAACUUCAACUUCCCGUCGGUGACAAAUGGCUCGAUGAGUAUAUGGACGAAAGCUCUAAACUUUGGGAAGCUUGUCUCGUCAUCAAAUCCGCUGUCUCUUCCGUCGAAAACUUCUCCUCCGCCGGAAUUUCAAUCGCGUCGACACUCGAUGGUCAUCACCACCACCGUCGUCUCUCUCCUCAGCUUUCUCGUCAGGUGAUAAGGGCAAUAUCAGGAUGUAGAAGAGAAGCGAUUGGGAUAGAGGAAGAAAACAGAGCAUUAAUGGAGAAUCGAGUUCAAAGGUUUCCAUUUUGGUCGGAACAAACGUCGGCGACGGCGAUGGAAUCGUCGACGAAGUUGCAAAACGGAUUCAGUGGUUUUCGCGGCGUGCUUUACGCGACUAGGAACAUGAGUUCUCUUCUCCUUAUGGUUUUAAUGAACGGUCUCGUCUACUGUUUCCCCGGCGACGCAGCAACGCAGACGCAGAUAACGCAAACGCAGAGUCAAGUCGGAGGUUUCGCCGGAGCGAUGGGGAGGUUACAGCAGAGAGUGGCGGCUGAGGUUGGGAGGAUGGGGAUAAGGAAAGGUAUAUUGAUGCAUGAGUAUCGCCGGAGCAAAGCGGCGUUGGAGGAGCUUAAAGCAGAGCUGGAGCGGCGAUUCUGCGGCGGUGGCGGCGGAGGAGGAGAGAGGGAAGAGGAGGAAGAGAGGGAGUUGAGAGAGAGAGUGGAGAAUCUGAAAGGGUAUUUUGGUAAUUUAAGGAAUGGGACAGAGAGUAUAGUGGCGCAAAUCGAUGAUUUCUUCGAUGAAAUUGUUGAAGGAAGAAAAAAGCUUUUGGAUUUCUGCAGCCAUAGAUGAAUCAAUAUCAAAAGCUGACAUUUUGUUUUUCUGUUUACAAAAAAAAAAAAAAAAAAUUGGGUAGGCUUUUAGGCUUAGAUGAAUCAGUUGGUAGGGAGUUGUUGUAACUUUUUUUUUUUCUCUCUUUUUUACUUUGUUGUUAUGAAAAAAAAAAUUUGAAAUUUGAGAAUUUUGUCACUCUACUCCAUUUUAGUAUUUUGAAGUUUAUAUAUGUAAUUCUAGAAAUGGAGUGAUUCUCUGAAUCAUAUAUAAAGUAAAUGUCUGCUUUUCAGUU